AAUAAAUUCAAAUCUGGCAGAAGCACUAUUUGCGAUACCGGUCAGUUACAAGACUGAACGCAUCGUUUGCUAUCAAAUUGAUUGGCGAAUUAAAAUUAUAUAAAUCGAAAUAACAAUAUUUUAUUAAGAAAAUCAAAUUAAUUAAUUCAUUUAGUGAAAUAUGGGAGCUGAAAAUAUCAGGUUAGCCUCUGUGGAAUUUGAAGUAUUUGGUGAAGUCCAAGGUUGUUUUUUCACCAAGUACUGCAAAGAGAUGGCUGAGGGUUUGGGUAUUGGAGGUUGGGUGAAAAAUACGAGAAACGGCACAAUCGUUGGAAGGAUACAAGGGACCACGGAGAACUUGGAUAAAAUGAUCGAUUGGCUUAGCACAAAAGGCUCUCCGGAAAGCAAAAUAGAAAAAUGUGUGCUUUCUAACUUCGAAAACGUGGCACGUUUGGCAUUUAACAAUUUUAGUAUACGUUUUUAAAAUA